GAGCCGGCGCUGCUGCUGCUCCGUGUACUGCCGCUCGGUGCAGGGUACUGAGCUCCCGCAUGAUGGACACGGGGUAAACGGGGCUGCUGGUGCAUGGGGACACCCAUGAGGCUGUGGGAUCCGGAGCCCGGGGAGACUUGAGCCGGCAGGUGCCAUGCCAGCUCCUGAGCAGAACCCCAUGAUGGAGGAGGGGCUGCAAAAAGCCCCCCAGGAAGGUCCCCCCACCACAGGCAUGGAGCCAGAAUCAACGGCUACAAACAUUUUAGCAUCUGUAAAAGAACAGGAGCUGCAAUUUGAACGGCUCACCAGAGAGCUCGAGGUGGAGAGACAAAUUGUUGCCAAUCAACUAGAAAGAUGCAGACUGGGAGCGGAGUCGCCAAGCAUCGCCAGCGUAAGUACCACAAAAAAGGGUAUUAUGUGGAGGGCGGGAGAUGCAUCAUCCGGAGGUCCCCCUAAGCCGAGACUGCCUGACUCUACCCUUUCCAACCACUUCCUCAUUAGAUCUGACCCAGAACCAGUAACUAUGUAUUCCCCAGAACAGACGUCUCUUCAUGAAAGUGAGGGAUCUUUAGGUAAUUCCAGGAGCUCAACACAAAUGAACUCCUACUCUGACAGCGGUUACCAGGAAGCCGGGACCUUCCACAACCACAGUGUGGGGAAAGCUGAACUGCGGCAGCAACAUUCCUUCUCGGGAUCCACUAGUAACCACAUGGUGAGGUCAUCACGGGCUGAAGGUCAGACCUUUGCCCAGCCACCAAAUACUAUGGCAGCCAAUCGAGCAGUUCGCCGUGUUAGCUCCGUUCCUUCGAGGUCACAGUCGCCUUCUUAUGUCAUUGGAUCUGGUGUCUCUCCAUCUAGAGGGUCACUGAGAACUUCUCUGGGAAGUGGGUAUGGCUCCCCAACGGUUACAGAUUCCCAACCUCUUCCUGCUGGAAACACCUACACUUCUACAACCUUGCCUUCUCAGAGAGCAGCUUCUCCUUACACAGUACGGAGGUCUAACUCCCCGACGGGUGUGCGAAGGAUCACUUCUAUCACUUCUAGGCAAAACACCAACCCUAAUGGUAUAACCUCCGCUUAUCAAACGUUGGGCACCUCUGUCAGGGUUGGUUCCCCACUAACUUUAUCAGAUGCACAAAAUAGAGUUGGCUCAUCGUGUCAAGCUCCAAUGGGAUCAUCCUCUUCUCCGAAGCGAGCUGGAAUGACUGCGGUUCCACAGCACAUGGGGACGUUACCAAGGAAUGUGCAUGAUAUCGAACAAUAUGGUCAUCAGCCUUAUGACAUCUAUGAAAGAAUGGUUCCACCAAGGCCAGACAGUCUUACAGGACUAAGAAGCUCUUAUGCUAGUCAGCAUAGUCAGCUAGGCCAGGACAUGCGCUCAGCUGUAUCCCCCGACCUGCAGAUCACACCUAUAUAUGAGGGGCGAACCUAUUACAGUCCAGUGUACCGCAAUGCAAAUCAUGGAACCAUUGAGUUGCGGCAAGGUUCACAGACUGCAAUUUACCGCACUGGGUCAGGGUCGAGUAAUCUUCAAAGGACCUUGAGUCAACGUAACACACUUGCAUACCAAAGAAAUAAUUAUGCUCUCAACACUGCAGCUACCUAUGCAGAGCCAUACAGAUCAAUGCCGUACCGGGUGUCGGAGAGCGGUUACAGCAGGAUGCCACAAGCAGGCCCGGUGGAUGAUGGAACAACCAGGUCACCAUCAAUUGACAGCAUACAGAAGGACCCCAGGGAGUUUGCUUGGCGCGACCCCGAAUUACCUGAGGUCAUUCAUAUGCUUCAACAUCACUUCCCGUCUGUGCAAGCAAAUGCAGCCGCUUACCUGCAACAUCUGUGCUUCGGAGAUCAUAAAAUCAAAAUCGAGGUGUGCAGACUGGGAGGCAUAAAGCACCUGGUUGAUCUUCUGGAUAACAAAGUUCUGGAAGUUCAGAAAAAUGCUUGUGGUGCAUUGCGAAACUUAGUGUAUGGCAAAUCUACUGAUGAAAACAAGAUAGCGGUGAAGAAUGCUGGGGGGAUCCCCGCCCUCCUUAGACUACUGAGAAAAACAAAUGACCAAGAAAUAAGAGAGCUUGUUACUGGAGUCCUGUGGAACUUAUCAUCCUGUGACGCUGUAAAGAUGACUAUUAUCCGUGAUGCUCUGUCUCCACUGACAAACACUGUGAUCGUUCCACAUUCUGGUCUGAAUAAUUCCUCUUUUGACGAUGAUCACAAAAUGAAAUUCCAGACCUCAUCAGUUCUCCGCAAUACCACUGGUUGCAUGAGAAAUCUGAGUUCAGCGGGGGAAGAGGCACGCAAGCAGAUGAGAUAUUGUGAAGGUUUGGUAGACUCCCUCCUCUUCGUGAUUCAAACCUGCGUGAACACAUCUGACUUUGACAGCAAGACCGUGGAGAACUGUGUAUGUACCUUGAGAAACUUAUCUUACCGCCUAGAAUUAGAAGUGCCUCAAGCCCGACUAUUGGGAAUAAAUGAAAUAGAGGACUUCUGCAAGGAAUCCCCGAGUAAGGACUCUGACUCCAGUUGUUGGGGUAAAAAAAAGAAAAAGAAGAGAAAGCCACCACAAGAAGACCUGUGGGAUGGUGUGGGCCCUAUUCCUGGAAUCUCCCAGUCUCCGAAGGGUGUGGAAAUGCUCUGGCAUCCUUCUGUAGUUAAGCCAUAUCUGACUCUUCUAGCAGAAAGUUCUAACCCUGCAACAUUGGAAGGUUCCGCCGGUUCUCUCCAAAAUCUCUCUGCUGGGAACUGGAAGUUUGCAGCGUACAUUAGAGCGGCAGUCAGAAAAGAGAAAGGACUACCCAUCCUGGUCGAGCUGCUAAGGAUGGAUAACGACAGAGUGGUGUCUUCUGUUGCCACCGCUUUGAGAAAUAUGGCGUUAGAUGUUCGCAACAAAGAGCUAAUAGGCAAAUAUGCAAUGCGGGACCUGGUAAACAGACUUCCAGGAGGCAAUGGCCCCAGCAUUUUGUCAGAUGAGACAGUAGCAGCGAUCUGUUGUGCUUUGCAUGAGGUCACCAGCAAGAACAUGGAGAAUGCAAAGGCCCUGGCAGACACUGGAGGGAUUGAGAAACUGGUGAACAUCACGAAAGGGAAAGGAGAUAGAACAUCAAUGAAAGUGGUGAAAGCUACAGCCCAGGUGUUAAAUACCUUAUGGCAAUAUCGAGACCUCCGCAGCAUUUAUAAGAAGGAGGGUUGGAAUCAGUCUCAUUUUAUUACACCGGUCUCAACACUGGAGCGCGAUCGAUUCAAAUCCCACCCAUCUUUAUCCACCACCAAUCAGCAAAUGUCUCCCAUGAUCCAGUCAGUGGGCAGCACAUCAUCCUCACCAGCACUAUUAGGAAUCCGGGAGCCGAAUUCUGGAUAUGAGAAAACACAGUCCUCUAUGCAAUACUACAACAGCCAGGGAGAGUCCUUGGUCCACAAGGAUAUGUAUAGUGGGUCCAGCAAAGCAUCCCCUAUCUACAUCAGUUCCUAUUCAUCACCAGCACGUGAGCAGAACAGGCGGCAACAGUCCCAUCAGCUGUAUUAUAGCCCUGAAGAUUCAAAUAGGAAAAACUAUGACUCCUACCGAUUGUAUUUGCAGUCGCCACAUAGCUACGAAGACCCGUAUUUUGAUGAACGCGCUCAAUUCACAUCAGCGACGGACUCAAACGCACAAUACGGACUUAAAUCAACCACAAACUAUGUUGACUUUUACUCCACUAGAAGACCCUCCUACAGAUCAGAACAGUACCCAGGAUCUCCGGACUCGUGGGUGUAGGAGUUGUUGGACUCUAAUUACUAAUUAUGCUUGACCUGGUUUUUGAAUGGCCUUAUUUGCUGUUUUUUUAAUGAUGGAAACAGAAAGUGAAAUAAAGAAGGAUCAUGGUAGACGGUGAUUUUUUUUUUCUGAAGGAUUAUCCUGAGCGAGAGGAAUUAAAGCAAGAUGGGUGUUUAAUUUUUUUUUUUUUUUACUUUUUUUGUUUACGUUUUAGGGUGUAGCUCUUUAUGCUUGUAGCUCUGUAGUCUGGUGAUGGUGCGAGCAAUGUGCGGGAAGGUAUGAGGUUGAUGAAAAAAAUGAUUUUGGGGGAAUAUGUCUAUGGUCAAAUCAAAUCUUGAUAUUUUUAUUUUUUAAUGUGAAUAAAGUCUCGUUCCACGUAGUAUGUACAGAAAUAUGGAUCAAAUGAAUGCUUAUUUGUUUUACUGUUUCUAAAUGUUGACCCUGUAUGCUAUCCUGUAUUGUACAUUUUUUUUCUUUCUCACUGAUGUAAAUACAGCAGUGCCAUUAACCCUUUGCUGUGCCAUCAUUCGUAUUGCAGUGUAUCAUUUGCAAUCACUGGAAAAGCAGAGAUGGAAAUCGCUAUAAUAAAUUCUAACGUUUCUACUCAUAGCGUCAUUCAAUAGCAGAGCAUAAUCUAUACCAUUGUCCAUUCCCUGCCUCUUUCAUAAGUCUCACUGCCAUUUUCUAUGCACAUGGAAGAUACAAUAAAUGUGGACAGCUCAUCCACAGAAAAUG